AUGUUGAAGUUGAGAGAAUCAGACUCCAGCAUCGUGCCAGAUGAAGCCUUACAGGAUCUUGAACGACUGAUCCCACUCGUCUCCGAUCUCCAUACACAACUUGAUAACUUUUCUAGCACCUUUUGCAUGGAACGAGAUAUCAUGAGUCACGCAUUUCGUGGCUGGGUUGACACAUAUUCGAAGAUUGUCGCCGACUCUGAUUUCGUGGAAUUUUCCCUAGUAUCACUGUUCCUCUUCCCCCAAAAUCAUGGCCUAAGAUUUUUCAACCAUUUCUUUCUGGUUCCCUUUCUACCCAAGCCAAGAAUCUACAAUGUGCAAGUCAAGGCGGAGAUCCAGUUUCAGAGAGAAAGAUUCCUCGCCGACACCAAGGAAGCUCUUGGAAAUAUUGACGGCAGUCUCCUUUCGAUUCAGAGUUCCGGGAAUUCUUCAAACCUUACGGAACUACUUGGCGCAGCUACUAGGGGGAUGAUGGCAUAUCAGCAGAAUCUCGAUCAGAAUAUGAACGCCUUGAAGGAUAAAGUUCUAUUCGGGGGCCUUAUACGUACUAUCUUCGGCGAGUCUCAAGAGAUCAAGAAACUGAAACAGUAUCACGCGCUUGUUAGUCAUAUACUCGUUCGUCUCGGUUCAAUAAAUGCAACCGUGGCAAGAUGCGAAGUCGACUCCAGGUCAUUGAAAGUAGGACUAUCCCAGCUUCGCAGGAGUUUUGAGUAUAGCCCUAAUUUCGAGUUUUCACCUGCCGGUCUCAUAUCAAUUCCGCCCUCAUUGUCGGCACAAUUGAAGUCGCCUCCCUUUACUUUGCUUAAGCAGAGCAGCGGUUUCGAUAAUGAGAACGGCAGCAAGGAGACUAAGCCUUUUCCGUCUUACGAUAAGUGGGAGUACGAUCUUGACAAGGUCAUCAGUACCAAUGUCUUGACUCGAAGGACUGCGAUAGCCGAUUGGUGUCAAGAUGGCGGAAAUUACGUUAUGCGUUCAGGCUUCUUGUAUACGGUCUGCAAUAUAUGGUCUCAGGCAAAAUUGAUGUCGACACUUGAUGAUGAUCUUCUGAGUGGUGUACAGAGAAGUUGGAUCAUGGAACGGGAGAAGGCGAUACAUCGAUACGAAAAGACGAUUGGGCUUGAUUUUGCAAAUAUUAUCCAUGAUGUACUACAUGUGUAUGAUAGCACUUAG